AUGACAAGCCCGCCGACUUCGCCGCGCCGGCGGCACAUCCUCUCUUCGAUAAACCCGGACGAGGGCCACGAGCCUGCACCGAAGCGCACGAAACAAAGCACACCUGAGGAGGCAGAAGUGGAGGACGAGGCGGGCAAAGAUGACGAUCAUCUUCAGCCGAGAUCGUCGCGCAUCCGCCUGAAGUCCAAGCACAAAUCAAGGUCACACCGCCAUCGCGACCGCGACCGCGACGAUGAUGACUCCCGCUCGCAUCGCCGCCACCAUCACUCUCGGAGGCACCGCAGACGAUCACGAUCGCCCACACCCCCGAACCCCUACGAACCGCAGGCGCUCGAUCCAGAUGCAGCAUUCCGUGAAUCGCUCUUUGAUGCCAUGGCGGACGACGAAGGUGCGGCGUACUGGCAGGGAGUCUACGGUCAGCCAAUACACGUCUACUCCAACGAGCGGACCGGCCCACAAGGUGAACUAGAGCGCAUGACGGAUGAGGAGUACGCGACACACGUCAGGCAAAAGAUGUGGGAGAAGACGCAUCAAGGACUGCUGGAAGAACGGGCGCGAAGAGAAGAGGCGCGCAAGCGCAAGUCAGAGGAUGAGAAGAGGAAUAGGAAGCUGCAGGAGGAUAUGGAGCGUAGUCUACGUCGCGGGGAGGAGAGACGACAGAAGAAGAUGUGGGCGUCACUUUGGGAAGACUACGUGCAAGGCUGGGCGAAGUGGACCGGCGACGCUGACACGAUACCGUGGCCCGUCGAGAGCGGGCGCCAGAAGGACGUUAGCGAGAAGGAAGUCCGCCGAUUCAUCGUCAAUGGGCUGGCCGUGGAGGAGAUUGGCGAGAAGGAGUUUGCCGGCAAACUGCGAGAAGAACGUGUCCGGUGGCAUCCGGACAAGAUGCAGCAGCGACUCGGCGGGCAGGUCGACGGCGCCGUCAUGAAGGACAUUACGGCGAUUUUCCAGAUUAUCGACAAGUUAUGGGCAGAUACCCGGUCGAAGGCGUAA